CCUUGAUCGGCCUAUAUAUUUGACUUCCUCCUAAAAAUACUCGCCAUGCAACCGAUCACCGUUCUUGUUACUGGGGCCAACCGUGGCAUAGGCUUGGAGCUGGUGAGGCAAAUAGUAGCUAGACAAAGUCCACCUAAACAUGUUUUUGCCACUUGUAGGAAUCCCGACGAUCUCCAAGCGUUGGCCAAGGAAACCCCGUCUAUUGACAUCGUAAAAUUGGAUGUUACCGAUUACGCCACUCUCCGCAACACAGUGGUUCCCCAUGUUCAGAGUAAAGUUGGAGACCUUGGCUUAAAUCUUCUUGUCAACAAUGCCGGGGUUUUAAUACCAGACGAACUCGCCAAAGUCACACCAGAAGCAAUGAGAGAGGUGUACGAGGUGAACACCAUAGCUCCCGUUAUGAUUACACAGGCGUUUCUACCCCUACUGAAGGCAGCCAGUGCACGCACCACGGGAGGACUCAGCUGCUCCCGGGCAGCCGUUAUAAAUAUCACCAGCAAAGCGGGUUCUUGCGGAGACAACACAAACGGAAAAUACUAUUCGUACAGGUGUAGCAAGGCUGCUUUGAAUAUAGCCACAGUGUCGCUGUCAGUGGACCUGAAGGGUGAUGGUAUACUGGCGGCAGUUCUACAUCCGGGUUGGGUGAAAACACAAAUGGGCGGAAGUAACGCCAUUCACGAACUCAGUGACAGCGCGAAGGGCAUGCUAGACGUCAUGGACAGACUGACCGAAAAUGAGACUGGGAAAUUUUUCGAAUGGAAAGGCAAUGAAAUCCCUUGGUGAAGGAAUGUUUUAUUAAAUACACUGUUUUGGCUUUGUUUUGUACAGAUAAAAGUUAUUAGUGAAAAAAAAUGAACAGAAGUGCAUCUAGGGUUAAUAUCCAAUUUGACAAUCAAUUCAGAAUGGCGCCUAGUUUUGAGAUAAUUACUUUAAUCGUGCACUGGGAAUUAUUGUUCCAAAUUUUUUUAAAAUCACAGUAAGAACAAAUAAUUCAGUAUAACGAUUUACUCCAUUUCUAUUGAAAGCAAAACAUUUUAAUGCAUUUAAGCACACCUAUUAGGCCCUACCUUAAACUAGACAAGGAGUUUCAACUGUUGAAAUUCCUUGAACUAGAUGAGCAUAUUAUUUUACGUGAACAUUUUACAGGAAAACCAACAUAGCCUUCCUUUUUCAGUUGUGAUACUUACAUAGUCAACGCUUUCCAACCUCAGCAAUAUUCAAACAAUUUCUUGGCAGUUGCUAAAAAUCAAAUUCAUUGUGGGGCUGCUUUUAUUAUUCCAUCUUUAUUCAUUCCGUAUAUAUGAAAUCGGAUACAUUUUUUGAAAUUCUAAUGAGAUAUUUUUAUGUGUUAUUUAUAAGUAUUUCAUAUUUCAUGAAAAAAAAAAAAA